UAAACACCGAUUGUUGGCAUUUUUGGUUUGUUGAUCCAUUAUCAGAUAUUUGUUGUUAUCUUGAAUUCACAGUGUGUUUGUGUAUCAGUGUAUUUUUAUGCAUGGGUGAGCCACGGACAUUUUAUCUUUGUGAAGGCAUUCUAUUUCUGUUUGUUUUCACGGUCACAGUCUGGCAACCCUUGCUCCCUCAGUUUAUUUACUCCGAUAUUCUGGACGAGAUUCGUUUAAAAUCAGAACAAGACCGCGAUAACGCCACCAUCAACUGGCAGUGGCACGGCAGAUGUGGUUACUACGAAGAUUCCAGUCUGAGCCAGUGCUUUAGGAUGGCACGAGAGAAUCUGGCCCUAGAGAAUCUGGCCCAACAAGCCACUUCGCACAUCAUGGUAUCAGCGUCCUGUCUCAGCGAAGUGAUCGGAGUUGUUACUGGUUUCUUUUGGGCUGCACUCAGUGACAGGAAGGGACGAAAGUGGCCGAUGGUGGCGAGUUGUAUAGCUCAGGGACUAUUCACUUUGGUUCUGUUUCUCUUCCUCAUCGUACCCGUGAAUAGAUGGUGGUUGAUAGGAGCAUAUAUGCUGAUCUCAGGAACAGGGGGAGGUAUAGAGACCAUCCUGAUUGGAACGAAGACCCUCAUCUCAGACAUGUGCAAGCCAUCCCACAGAACUAAAUGCCUGGCCGUUAACGAGAGUGUUCGAACAUUCGCUCAGGUCCUGGGCUUCUCCCUCAGCGGGGCUCUCAUCAACUCUCUCGGAGCUGCACCUGUCUGCUUCGGCUGUAUGGGCACUUUCGUGGUGUUAUCAGUUCAUUGUCUACUUUUACAAGAGUCCAGGGCGAAAGCCGUCCCGCAGUGUAACUCAUAUUCUAAGUUAUUCAGGUUUUAUAAUUACAGUCACCCCAGAUAUGGUACAGAGAAGAAAAGGGCUAGACUAUCCAUUUGUUUAAGUAUCCUCGGGAGACUGUCCUUCUCAGCACCAGCGAACCUGUUUGUAAUAUACCUCAUUAGUGAACCCUUCAACUUCAGUGCAACCCUCAUCGGGGCAUUCCUCGGCUACAAAACUCUAGCUUUGUCAGUGAUAUGCCUCAUCUACACAAUUAUUCCCUCGUAUUUACUGAAAACAAUAAAAGAUACCCACAUGAUAGCCGCGGGACUGUCCCUCCUCGCACUCUCGUAUCUCGUCUUCAUGGUGUCAACCUCAACUAUAACCCUGUUUUUAGGAGGCACACUCUACGGCAUGUUUGGUCUAGCAGCCAUCAGUUUCAACUCCCUCCUCAGCAAGUAUGUCCCAGAGAGUCAGCUAGCGUUCUGGUACUCAAUAACCACCGGGUCUGAGAGGUUGCUUAUCUGCCUCAUAAUUCCCGCUAUCAGCUUCACGUAUCAAAAGACUAAAUUAUGGCCCGUUCACGGGUUUUGUUUUAUCAUACCGCUUGUUUUGACCCUGACUUCAGGAAUUGUUUUGGCAGUUUAUUGGAAACAGUUUAGUAAUCAGACUAGAACAGUAUUGACCGAGUUUUUACCAUUGUGUCGUUACCAAUGUAAUCGGGUUGGUUAUAAUUCUUGUGGCAAAAUUUGUGCCGAAAAACAAAAUAAUUUUAUUAAGAGCAAAUGAACACACAAAUUAAUUCGGGAUUUUCCUAUUUUUUCUUAUGUUUCGUUGUUUUAUAGUUAUGAUAUUUAUUCAAGCAGCUACGAUCAGCAUUAUUUUUACCGCAGUAACCUUUUAUCUUUCUCUACCAUGUUCAUGUUCAGUGAAAACGGAAAAAUAUUCUCUCAGUAAAGUAAUAAUAAUAACCACACCUCACCUUCAUGCCAGUCUGUCAGGAGUUUAG